GGGCUGGGCUAACCUUUCCCUGUAAAAAAAAAUAAUGGAUAAAAAUAUGCACUUCCAAAGUGCGAGUUUCCCGUUUACAUGUUUAUUAGCUAAUUGUCUACAGGCAUGAGCACACUCUCUCAUCUAGCACACUCUUUUUUGGGGAAUAUUCUCGGGAGGAGUGUGAAAACUAUUCUCCUUAAUAUUAAGCACCUGUUGGAGAAAAUUCCUAACUACAGUGUCUCCAGAAAGUUCACUGAGUAGCCAUUCUCAGACAAAAUUGGUGCCAGAAUUUGAACUAAUGUGGAGGAAAAUAUUUCCUACCAGUCCCUAGUCUCAGAGUGGUGAACCCCUGCAGCUAGCAGGCCUCCUGAAAAUAAUCCAUGGGUGACAGAAGAUUCAUUGACUUUCAAUUCCAAGAUUUAAAUUCAAGCCUCAGACCCAGGUUAGGCAAUGCUACUACCAAUAAUACUUGCAUUGUUGAUGAUUCCUUCAAGUAUAAUCUGAAUGGUGCUGUCUACAGUGUUGUAUUCAUCCUGGGUCUGAUAACCAACAGUGCCUCUCUGUUUGUCUUCUGCUUCCGCAUGAAAAUGAGAAGUGAGACUGCUAUUUUCAUCACUAAUCUGGCCCUCUCUGAUUUGCUUUUUGUCUGUACACUACCCUUCAAAAUAUUUUACAACUUCAAUCGCCACUGGCCUUUUGGUGACACUCUCUGCAAGAUCUCUGGGACUGCAUUCCUCACCAAUAUCUAUGGUAGCAUGCUCUUUCUUACCUGUAUUAGUGUGGAUCGUUUCCUGGCCAUUGUCUAUCCCUUCCGAUCUCGUACCAUUAGGACCAGGAGGAAUUCUGCCAUUGUGUGUGCUGGUGUCUGGAUUCUGGUCCUCAGUGGUGGUAUUUCAGCAUCUUUGUUCUCCACCACAAAUGUCAACAAUGCAACCACCACCUGCUUUGAGGGCUUCUCCAAACGGGUCUGGAAGACUUAUCUGUCCAAGAUUACAAUAUUUAUUGAAGUUGUUGGGUUUAUCAUUCCUCUGAUAUUGAAUGUCACUUGUUCUUCUGUGGUGCUGAGAACCCUCCGCAAGCCUGCUACGCUGUCUCAAAUUGGGACCAAUAAGAAAAAAGUGCUGAAGAUGAUCACAGUGCAUAUGGCAGUCUUUGUGGUAUGUUUUGUACCCUAUAACUCUGUUCUUUUCCUGUAUGCCCUGGUGCGCUCCCAAGCCAUCACCAAUUGCUUGUUGGAAAGGUUUGCAAAGAUAAUGUACCCAAUCACUUUGUGCCUUGCAACUCUGAAUUGUUGCUUUGACCCUUUCAUCUAUUAUUUCACUCUUGAGUCCUUUCAGAAGUCCUUCUACAUCAAUACCCAUAUCAGGAUGGAGUCCCUGUUUAAGACUGAAACUCCUCUGACCACAAAGCCUUCUCUUCCAGCUAUUCAAGAGGAAGUUAGUGAUCAAACGACAAAUAAUGGUGGUGAAUUAAUGCUAGAAUCCACUUUCUAGGUACAAGAAUUGUCUUCAGGUCCAGAUACGGUUUUCCUAUGAUUUUUCUUAUGCUGAGAUUUGAAGCUAAUGAUACUGAGAAUAGAUCAGUGUACCAAAUACAGUCAGAUACAUUUGUUUGAACAUUUAUUGUAAUAUGCUGUUUUGUUCAGUAAUUAUAGGUCAAGUCUAAUUACAACAACUGAAACAGAUCACCAGACUCUUCUUCUGGGUUGGAAUUUGAUGGUAUGUUAUAUAAGUGGCCAUUGGCCUUCACUUUAGUGAUACAGAGAUUACUUUAAACUUCUAAAAUGCUAUUUCCAUUCCAUUGAUUUUGGUAAUUGGAUUGGGCCUAUAAAUAUAGAACAAAUUCAGGGAUUAUUUAAAAAAGGUUAUAUUACUACUGAUAUA